CAGGCGGAGAAAGCUCAGUGUGGAGCAGACUGAACCUCCUCCAGCACCACUGGUACUGCUGAAAUCUCUCAGCGAGCAAGUACGAUUAAGGCCUAUCCCUGUCUCCACUUCGGACGAAUUCUACUUUAAAUCUGUGCAAGGGAUAAUAAGGAAUUUUAUUCCUCGGGGUCACUGUCUGCAGGUUGUAGCAGAGACGAAUCCCUUCUAGAGCAAGAUGUUAGAUCCGUCGUCCAGCGAAGAGGAGUCUGAUGGGAUAGUGGAGGAAGAAAGCAAAGAGAUGGCACCUCAGGCCGGGUCCCGCAUCUCUCCCAGCAGGACCAGCGAGAGCUCUGGUGGACUGGCGCCCAGUAGCAGCCGCAGCAGCGCCCGUCCAACCAGUCCGAGCCCGUCCGCAGCCAGCGAGGAGAAAGAGGACCUGGAGAAGCUGCACAGAGAGGAGGAAGAGCGCAAAAAGAAACUGCAGCUGUAUGUUUUUGUCAUGCGAUGCAUCGCAUAUCCCUUCAAUGCAAAGCAACCGACUGAUAUGGCAAGACGACAGCAGAAGAUAUCCAAGCAGCAGCUUCAGCAGACCAAGGACCGCUUCCAGGCCUUUCUCAAUGGAGAGACUCAAAUUGUAGCUGAUGAAGCAUUCAUCAAUGCGGUGCAGAGUUACUCUGAGGUGUUCCUUAAGAGUGACCGUGUUGCUAAGAUGGUGCAGAGUGGCGGUUUCUCAGCCAACGAUUUCAGAGAAGUCUUCAAGAGGCACAUUGAGAAACGAGUGCGAAGCCUCCCAGAGAUCGAUGGUCUGAGUAAGGAAACAGUCCUUAGCUCCUGGAUGGCUAAAUUUGACACCAUCUACCGCGGCGACGAGGAUCCCAGAAAGGCUCAGCAACGCAUGACCGCCAGCGCAGCUUCGGAGCUGAUCCUCAGCAAAGACCAGCUGUAUGAGAUGUUCCAAAAUAUCCUCGGCAUCAAGAAGUUUGAGCAUCAGCUACUUUACCAAGCCUGUCAGCUGGACAAUCUGGAUGAGCAGGCUGCACAGAUCAGAAGAGAGCUUGAUGGUCGUCUUCAGAUGGCAGACCAGAUUGCAAGGGGAGGAAAGUUUCCCAAAUUUGUGUCUAAAGAGAUGGAGGCAAUGUACAUCGAGGAGCUCAAGUCCUCAGUGAAUCAGCUGAUGGCCAACCUGGAAAGUAUGCCUGUGUCAAAAGGUGGAGAGUUUAAACUCCAGAAGCUGAAGCGAGGCCACAACACCUCCAUCAUUGACAUGGGCCAGGAGGAUGAGAACACUCUCUCCAAGUCUGAUGUGGUUCUUUCCUUUACUUUGGAGGUGGUGAUCAUGGAAGUGGUGGGGCUGAAGUCUCUGGCCCCAAACAGGAUUGUUUACUGCACCAUGGAGGUGGAGGGAGGAGAGAAACUCCAGACCGACCAAGCUGAGGCAUCUAAGCCAACCUGGGGAACCCAGGGAGACUUCACCACCACACACCCUUUGCCAGCUGUCAAGGUGAAACUGUUUACAGAGAGUACAGGUGUGCUGGCAUUGGAAGACAAGGAACUGGGCAGGGUUGUCCUCCACCCGACACCUAACAGCCCCAAACAGUCAGAGCUCCAUAAGAUGACUGUGACCAAGGCCUGCCCUGACCAAGAUCUCAAAAUAAAGCUGGCUAUACGCAUGGACAAACCACAGAAUAUGAAGCACUGUGGGUACCUAUGGGCAUUUGGGAAGAAUGUCUGGAAACGCUGGAAGAAACGUUUCUUUGUCCUUGUCCAGGUGAGUCAGUAUACCUUUGCAAUGUGCAGCUACAGAGAGAAGAAAUCAGAGCCACAGGAACUUCUGCAGCUAGAUGGGUAUACUGUGGACUACAGUGACCCCCAGCCAGGCUUGGAUGGAGGAAGGGCUUUCUUCAACGCAGUGAAGGAGGGCGACACUGUGAUCUUUGCCAGUGAUGACGAGCAGGACCGAAUACUGUGGGUCCAGGCCAUGUAUCGUGCUACUGGCCAGUCCCACAAGCCCGUCCCACCCACUCAGGUCCAGAAACUAAACUCCAAGGGGGGUGCUUCAGCCCAAAUGGAUGCUCCCAUUUCUCAGUUCUCUGGACUCAAGGACGCUGACAGAGCUCAGAAACAUGGCAUGGAUGAGUUUAUCUCCGCUAACCCAUGUAGCUAUGACCACGCCUCGCUUUUUGAGAUGUUGCAGCGGCUUACACUGGACCACAGGCUCAAUGACACCUUCUGCUGCUUGGGAUGGUUCAGCCCGGGUCAAGUGUUUGUCCUGGAUGAAUACUGUGCAAGAAACGGAGUCCGAGGCUGUCACAGACAUCUGUGUUACCUACGUGAUCUUCUGGAGCGGGCAGAAAAUGGGGCCAUUAUCGACCCCACUCUUCUGCACUACAGCUUUGCUUUUUGUGCAUCCCAUGUCCAUGGGAACAGGCCGGAUGGACUGAGCACGGUGAAAGUGGACGAGAAGGAGCGCUUUGACGACAUUAAAGAAAAGUUGCGGGUCAUUUUGGAGAACCACAUUGUAAAUUUCAGAUAUUUUUUCCCAUUCGGCCGUCCAGAGGGUGCACUGAAAGCCACACUGUCCUUGCUCGAGAGGGUCCUGAUGAAGGAUAUUGUCACUCCAGUUCCUCCUGAAGAAGUUAAAGGAGUGAUCCGCAAAUGUCUGGAGCAGGCUGCUCAGCUGAACUACCAGCGGAUCAAAGACUAUGCUAAAAUUGAAGUUGAGAAAGGUCAAAAGGAUCAGAAGGAUCCAGAAAACGUAGGCCGCUUAGUCACGCCUGCCAAAAAGCUGGAGGAAACAAUUCGCCUGGCGGAGUUAGUCAUAGAGGUCCUCCAGCAGAACCAGGAACAUCAUGCGGAGGCGGCAGUCACAAGUUCUGGAGAUCAAUCGCAGGGAAAAGAGGCUUUUGCAUGGUGGACAGACCUUAUGGUGGAGCACGCCGAAAACUUCCUGGCCCUUUAUGCCAUUGACAUGGAUGCUGCUCUAGAGAUCCAGUCACCCGAGAGCUGGGAUAGCUUCCCUCUUUUCCAGCUUCUCAAUGACUUCCUCCGGACAGACUAUUAUCUGUGCAAUGGAAAGUUCCACAAACACCUCCAGGAUCUGUAUGCUCCUCUGGUGGUUAGAUAUGUGGAUCUGAUGGAGUCCUCCAUCGCACAGUCUAUCCACAAGGGUUUUGAGAGGGAAUCCUGGGAACCUGUUAAGAGUUUAACAAGUAAUCUGCCCAAUGUGAAUCUACCAAAUGUGAACCUCCAAAUUCCCAAAGUACCAAAUCUGCCAGUGCCAGUAGCAGGACUAUCAGUUAACCUUCCACAAAUGCCUAGCUUUUCAACCCCGUCAUGGAUGGCUGCUAUAUAUGACUCUGAUAAUGGCUCCGGGACAUCAGAGGAUCUCUUUUGGAAGCUAGAUGCCCUUCAGACUUUCAUCAGAGACUUACACUGGCCGGAGGAUGAGUUCGCCAAACACCUUGAGAGCCGCAUCAAGCUCAUGUCAAGUAACAUGAUAGAGAGCUGUGUCAAGAGGACCAGGAUGGCAUUUGAGUCCAAGCUGACAAAGAGCAGUAAGUCCACGGAUUUCCGCAUUUCUCCAUCCUUAUGCACCAUGUUUAAUGUGAUGGUGGAUGCCAAGGACCAAUCAGCCAAACUGUGUGCUAUGGAGCUUGGCCAAGAGAAACAGUUUCACUCCCAGAUAGAUGAACUGAUUGAAGAGAGUGUGAAGGACAUGAUCCAGCUUCUGGUUGCAAAGUUUGUAACUAUUCUAGAGGGAGUGUUGGCUAAGAUUUCCAGAUAUGAUGAAGGGACCCUCUUUUCUUCAUUCCUGUCUUUCACGGUGAAAGCUGCCUCAAAAUAUGUGGAAGUACCUAAACCUGGGAUGGACGUUGCAGAUGGCUAUGUGACCUUUAUGCGCCACUCUCAGGACAUGCUCCGUGAAAAGGUCAAUGAGGAGGUGUAUAUAGAAAGGUUAUUUGAUCAAUGGUACACUGCCACCAUGAACCUGCUGGGGACUUGGCUUACCGAACGCAUGGAUCAGCAGCUCCAUGUCUAUCAGCUCAAGAUCCUCAUCAGAAUCACAAAGAAGAAGUACAGAGACUUCCGCCUGCAGGGUGUCCUGGACUCCACCCUGAACAGCAAGAUGUACGACACAGUGCGCAACAGGCUGACGCUGGAGGAGGCCACUGCUUCAGUGAGGGAAGGAGGCAUGCAGGGCAUCUCCAUGAAGGACAGCGACGAGGAGGAUGAAGAGGACUAGAGUCUGUGCACUGACUCCCCAGUCGUCUGUUUGUCCAAAACCGCCCGUCUCCCCCUUUCAGCCCAUUUCCCCCCAAACUCCCCUUUCACACUUUUGACUUUAGCCUGGUUACUGAUGCAUGUACCAACUCAGAUAGCCACUCUAGGACCUCUUUGUCAGCUCGAAAUGCCUAUGAAGGAACUAUUAACUAUAAAGAUAGAAAUUAUACUGAAAAAAGUCUAAAUAAAAAAAUGUUUAAAAAAUAACCAUAAUUGGCAGUUUAGCUGUGUCAUAAUAAAGAUAGCACCUACCUUGGUCGUCAUUCAUUUCUAAAUUCAUUUCUAUGUGUUAACUAAGCAAUAUGGAGAACCAUUUGUUUGACAAUGUUGAGUGCGAUUAAUCGGUGUGUCCCUGUCCAAUGCAAACCUAUAUGGCGCUUCUUUGUCGUAUUCUACAUUCAUUAAUGGUACAUUGUCGUGAUGAUGAGUGUGUGGACCCUUUUCUUUGUCUCGUCUGUUUUUAAGUGAAUGCCAACUGCUUGGAACUGAAAAUAAUGAAAAACGAAAAAAAAAAAAAAAGAAACUAUUUGUUGACGGCUGUUCCAGCUGAGCUGUCGUCCACUCACUGUUGCUACCACCGACAGUAAGUCCAGACCUGCAUUUCCUAUCAUGUGUCAACGCUACAUGGUCUCAUCUCGAUGACUAAAUUAGACGAAUCUUGAAUUUCGAGUGGGUGUUCGGGAGAUGCAAUAUCCCUAUAGAUCCAUUUUGAUAUCUUGGAAGAUUCUAUUUUUAUUUUAACAUUUAAAAAAAAAAGGCCUAGAAACAGGUUCUAUUUUAAUUGAGUUGCACUUUUACAGACAAAAAGAGCAAAAAUAAUUUUUUUUAUUGGGGAAAAAAAAAAGUUGGUCUGUGUUUGUUCUGUAAUUGUGUAGACUGAGAUGUCUGGCAUUUGUUUGGGUCUCACUGUUGUUUUGUAUAUACUAUAUAAAUAUAUAUAAAUAUAAAAUGCUGUACAUUGCAUUCUGAGCCAUCGCUGCAUGCCCGUGGGUUCCUACCCCUUCCCCCCCAAACGCUUUCUGUUUUCUGUGUGAACUAGCUGAUGGAUUCAUUCUUGCUUUUUUGCCUUAUGAAAGCCAACAGUUGUAAUAUGCAAGAGCUGUGGCCUCCAAAUAAAAUAACUGUACAUGUGCAUCUGCAGUCUU